GCAACGUGUGUUCGGCGUCCGUCGGCCGCUGCUCGCCGGUGCUGCGGAGGCGAACGCCUGCCCCGGGCGCUCCGGGCUGGCCGCGGGGCGUCCCCGCCGAGGGCCCGCGCUCCUCAGCUCCGUCCGGCGCGCGGGGACGGACCCCCACGGACCCGACAGCCUGAGCCCCGACGCCGCCGCUGCCCCCGCGUACCGGGCCCCUGAGGAGGGCCGGAGCCGCCGGCGGCUGGGCGGGGGGUGGCGCCCCGAUGAGCCCCGUGUGCGAGGAACCGCCGCCCCCCUGCGCAGGGCGCCAUGUUUUGGAAGUUUGACCUGCACACAAGCUCGCACCUGGACACGCUGCUGGAGCGGGAGGACCUGAGCCUGCCUGAGCUGCUGGACGAGGAGGACGUGCUGCAGGAGUGCAAGGUUGUCAACCACAAGCUGCUGGACUUCCUGCUGCAGCCGCCACACCUGCAGACCAUGGUGGCCUGGGUCACGCAGGAACCCCCAGCCAGUGGCGAGGAGAGGCUCCGCUACAAGUACCCCAGCGUGGCUUGUGAGAUCCUGACUUCAGAUGUGCCACAGAUCAAUGAUGCCCUGGGUGCAGAUGAGGCCCUCCUGAACCGGCUUUACGGCUUCCUGCAGAGCAGUGACAGCCUCAACCCGCUGCUGGCCAGCUUCUUCAGCAAGGUCAUGGGCACCCUCAUCAACCGCAAGACAGACCAGCUCGUGUCCUUCUUGCGGAAGAAGGAUGACUUCGUGGACCUGCUGCUGCAGCACAUUGGCACCUCAGCCAUCAUGGACCUCCUGCUGCGCCUGCUUACCUGCGUGGAGCGGCCUCAGUUGCGGCAGGAGGUGGUCAAUUGGCUCAAUGAGGAGAAGAUCGUGCAGCGGCUGAUCGAGCAGAUCCAUCCAUCCCGAGAUGACAACCAACAUUCCAACGCUUCUCAGUCCCUGUGUGACAUCAUUCGCCUGAGCCGGGAGCAGAUGAUCCAAGUCCAGGAGACCUCAGAGCCUGACCAGCUGUUGGCCACACUAGAGAAGCAGGAGACAAUCGAGCAGCUCCUGAGCAACAUGUUGGAAGGGGAGCAGAGCCCAUCGGUCCUUGUGAGUGGGGUCCAGGUGCUCCUCACCCUGCUGGAGCCCCGGAGGCCAAGGUCAGAGUCGAUGACCAUGAACAACUUCUUCAGCAGCGUGGAUGGGCAAUUAGAACUCCUCGCCCAGGCGACCUUCGACCACACUGCAUCCUGCACAGGCGCGCUGAAUGCCCUGCGCCCUCGGCUCCGUUGCUUCCACCGGAUCCUGCUCGAGCCCCCUGAGCUAGAGCCGCUGUGUACAACAUGGGGCAGCCUGACCCCUCCUCUGGGCAACACUCGUCUGCACGUGGUGAAGCUCCUGGCGUGUGCCCUGAGCGCCAAUGAUGAAGCCCUGACCCAGGAGCUCCUGGCAUUGGACGUGCCCAACACUGUGCUGGACCUCUUCUUCCACUAUGUAUUCAACAACUUCCUGCAUGCCCAAGUGGAGAUGUGCGUGAGUGCCAUGUUGAGCACCGUGCCUCUUUCUGAUGGUGACCCCGACACUCCCACCGCAAACCCUGUCAUCAAACAUCUGCUGCAGCAGUGCCGCCUGGUGGAGCGCAUUCUGACAGCCUGGGAGGAGAACGACCGUGUGCAGUCCGGGGGAGGCGCCCGGAAGGGCUACAUGGGCCACCUGACAAGAGUGGCCAAUGCCCUGAUGCAGAAUUCCGAGAAGGGCCCCAACGCCGAGCAGCUGCGCCAGCUGAUGAAGGAGCUGCCAGCAGAGCAGCAGGAGCAGUGGGAGGCCUUCGUGUCAGGACCACUGGCAGAGACCAACAAGAAGAACACGGUGGACCUGGUGAACACCCAACACCUACACUCCUCCAGUGAUGAUGAGGAUGAGCGGCUCAAGGAGUUCAGCUUCCCAGAAGAGGCAGUGCUCCAGCAGGCCUUCAUGGACUUUCAGAUGCAGCGCAUGACCUCAGCCUUUAUCGACCACUUCGGCUUCAAUGACGAGGAGUUUGGGGAGCAAGAGGAAAGCGUGAAUGCACCUUUUGACAAGACGGCCAACAUCACCUUCUCCCUCAAUGCUGACGAUGAGAACCCCAACACCAACCUACUGGAGAUUUGCUACAAGGACCGCAUCCAGCAGUUUGAUGAUGAGGAAGAGGAUGACCAGGAGUCUGAUGAGGAGGAUGGAGCCUGGCAGAGCAGCCAGCUGGCUCUGGAGGACCGCCUGGGCCAGCCCCCUGGCAUUCGGAGUGGAGGCAGCACAGACAGUGAGGAAGAUGAAGAUGAGGAGGAAGAGGAGGAGGACAGUGAUGGAGGACCAGCUUUGGGAGAAGCCAGCCCCCCACCUUAUGCCAGCCCUGGCCUUCAAUCUUCAGACCCCAGCUGGACAGCCACUUUUGUCCCAGUGCCUAUGGACACCUUGGCCAACACUCAGGGUUCCCAGGAGUCUUACUCUGGAUCCCCUGCCGCUCAGGGUCACCUUGAUGGGUCCCAUGCCCUCCCUGCCCAGAGCCCAGCCAAUUGUCUGGCCCCCGAGGCCCUGCAGUUCAGGACUCAGGAGUCUAUACAUGCCUCAGCACCUCAGGAAGCUCCAGUCAGUGGCAAAGCAGCAGAGCUUUCGGCUCCCUGCCAGGCCUUGGUCAGCAUCGGGGACCUCCAGGCAACCUACAGAGGGACAUGUUCCACCCCUAGCUCUUUGGACAGUGUGACCAGAGACUCUGCUACCUCUGUCUCCCAGACCACAGAGGGCAAGAGCCCAGAACCCUCUGGGCUCCCCCCAGACCAGAGUGCCCAGACCUGCGAGCCGCCUCCAGUGCCCAAUGGCUCUUCCCCCGGUGGGCCGGUAUCCCCGGGCUCCCAGUAAUGACCCGCCUGCCCUGGUGGCAGCCCUCUCUGCUCCUGUGUCCGCCUGUGUGCGGGCAGGGCAGGUCCCACGAUGACCCCGUUACCCAUCACCUUCGCCCCUCCUCCCUGGACUCCCAGGAGACUGGUGCCAGGGAGACACCCUCCCACCCCCACCCUAUUUGCACUGAGACAAGAAACUCUGGAGCCCUGUCUCCUAGAAUAAAGCUAGAGAGUGGCGUGGCGGGAUGUGAGAGGCCUCUAUUAUAUAUAUGUAUAUAUAUAAUAUAUAUACAUACAUAUAUUAUAUAUGCAUAUAUAUGUACACACACACACACACACACACAUGUGUCUGGGGGUACAGCGUGGCAGGAGGAACACCAGGCUGGCCAGAGGGCAGGCUACAGCCAGUAGGUGGCCUCUUUCCUGUGUUCUGCCCUCUGGUGCAGAUGUCCAUACCCACACUUGGCCUGGCAGCUCCUGUCCACUUGGGGGCCUGAGUGGGGCUGUGCCUUUGCCUAACCCCUUUGCCCUGACCCUGCACUUUUCAGCCAGCUGGGAGCCAAGGAACCCUGUGCCUGCCCAGUGACUCCAGGCUCGGGGUCCCAGUCCAGGGGUCUCCUGAUGGCAUUCCCCUGGACCCCAAGACCGAGAGCCUGCAGACCCGACUCGGAGCAGGCUUCAAUUCGGAGUCCUUUCUCUACCUGAGGGCCUGGGGUCCAGCCCAGCUGCCAAGUGACCUUUUCCCUGCUCCCUGUCCCCAGGCUGGCGUGAGUGCGUGUUCGUGCAAGCUGCUUUGGUAUCACAAAUCUUAAUAAAGGAGACCAUUUAAGA